CACUCCACCCCUUGGCCCGAGGAAAGCCACCCCCAUUGCGAAGAGAAGGCUGGAGAAAAGACACCGAAGGCCCGCCUAAAAGGCUGCUGAAUGGCCGGGGCGGCUGCCGCUCAGCCCAGGUCCUUCGCCGCCGCCUGAUCCCACGGCCCCCGGGGAUGGUGCUGCGCCCGGCGGGGGGGGGGCGCGAAGGAAAGGACGUGAGAGUCGCGGAGGCGGUCGCGGCGCUGCCUCUCGAGGGGGGGGGAACCUGAGUGAGGCGCUCCGGGAGAAGGAGGCGCCCACCCACCCCCCUUCAGUGGGGAAGUAAGGGAAGAGUCGAAGAUACCCCUCCCCAGUGCUAGUAUGGCAGAAUUAUUAGAGCUGGAAUGGACAAUAAACUGGAAAGAAAGGUGCAUAGCUCUGGAAUCUCAGCUAUUGAAGUUUCGUCUCCAAGCAAGCAAAAUUAGAGAGCUGCUUGCAGAGAAGAUGCAGCAACUUGAAAAACAAGUUAUUGAUGCAGAUCGUCAAGCAGAAAAGGCGUUUCAGCAGGUACAGAUUAUGGAGGAAAAACUAAAAGCAGCUAAUGUACAAACCAGUGAGUCAGAGACAAGGCUAUAUAAAAAGUGUCAAGAUCUGGAGACUUUGGUGCAGGAGAAAGAUGACAUUAUACAGAAUUUGGAGCAACAGCUUCUACAGCAGAAACAAAUAAGAAUACAAGAGGCAAAAAUUAUAGAAGAAAAAGCAGCUAAGAUAAAAGAAUGGGUGACUGUCAAACUCCAUGAGCUGGAAGUAGAGAAUCAGAACCUUCGCCUGAUCAAUCAGAACCAAACUGAAGAGAUGAGAGUAUUGCAAACUAAAUUGCAAGAGAUUCAAGGGAAGAAGUCCGUCGCUUCGACACAGAAGCCUGGAGAAGGCCAACGACUGAGCAGUUUGACUUUUGGAUGCUUCUUAAACAGAGCAAGAAGUCCUCAACAAGUUCCUAAACCUGAAGACACAAGCAGUUCCUUAUCAAAACAAGUUGAACCUGCUGAAGAUAGCAAACAUCUAGAAAAAGAAAUCCAGGAAACUUUUGUUGAUCAAGCAUAUGGGAGUAAUAGAGGUCUGAAGCCGUUGCAGCAAAGCUCUUGUGUGCCAGAACAAAGGCAGGCGGUAAAAUCAAAAGAUCUAGAUAGUAACACGUCAAAGAAUUCUUGCAUUACAGUAAGUGACUGGAGCUCUGAUGAGGAGGAAGGAAGCAAAGGAAGAUCAAAAUCCAGGUGUGUAUCUACUGUUUCAAGUCAUACAUCUGAAGAAGGUACAGGCUAUAGCAGGAUUGGGAGUGAAAUGUAUUUGACUGCCUCAGAUGACAGCAGUUCUUUGCUGGAAGAAGAGAGUUUUCAAGCUCACGAAAAUAUGAAUAAAAAACUAUAUUCCUGGCAACAAGGAUUACCUUGGAAAAAUCAGAAUCAUUUACUUGGAAAGAACAGGUUAGAAUCACUCCAUGAAAAGAAAGAUCAUGAUAGUUUUUCAGAUGAAUUGAACAAAAGAUUCCAGUCCCACAGGCUAGAUUACUCUUCCUCUUCUAGUGAGGCAAAUACACCAAGUCCAAUUCUUACUCCUGCUCUAGCUCCCAAGCAUCCAGCAUUGAUGUUGACAGCAGACUCUCGGCCUGGCAGACAGCUUGAUUCGCCAUCUAAUUUACCGCCUCCAAAGCUGAGGACUCCAAGUGUUUUUACUCUAAAUGCAGUCCUAGCCAAAAAACAUUUUAGCCAACCUCCGCUGUGUUCAGAUAAAAUGUUUGGUAGAAACAGGAACGCUAUAAGCAUGAUACGCCCGUUUAAGCCUCAAGAAACAGACAUUGAUCAGGUGGAUGGCGAAGGUACAGAUGUUCUGGAGAAGAUGGAGAUUAACUGUAAUGAUGAACUCUUUACUUACGACUCCUUUGAGACACAGAACGCAGAAGCCCUGGAUGCUGGUGACACAAGGAAAACGACAGGCAGCAAGCCUCCGACUCCUCCACUCCAUCGAUUCCCUUCUUGGGAAAGCAGAAUUUAUGCUGUAGCCAAGUCAGGCUUACAUUUUUCUGAGGCCUUCAGCAUGGACUCUUUCAGUAAAGGCUGCUCAACUUCUUAUUCACCGUCAGGACUCUACACGUCAUUAAUAUACAAGAAUGUGACUACACCCGUCUAUACCACUCUUAAAGGGAAAGCAACACAAAUCAGCAACAACCCAUUCUUAGAUGAUUCCUCUGGCUCUGAAGAAGAAGAUAGUUCUCGAUCUAGUUCACGGACAUCUGAAUCAGAUUCUCGAAGCAGAAGCGGCCCCAGUAGUCCACGGGCUAUGAAACGAGGUGUCUCUCUGUCUUCUAUGACUUCAGAAGGUGAUUAUGCCAUUCCUCCUGAUGCAUACUCAACUGAUACAGAUUACUCAGAACCAGAACAAAAAUUGCCUAAAACCUCCUCAUCAUCUAGUGAUAAUGGGAAAAAUGAACCAUUGGAAAAAUCUGGAUAUUUGUUAAAAAUGGGUGGUAAAAUAAAGACUUGGAAACGACGGUGGUUUGUACUAAAAGGAGGUGAACUGCUUUACUACAAGUCUCCGAGUGAUGUUAUACGAAAACCCCAAGGUCAAAUUGAAUUGAGUGCUUCCAGCCGCAUUGUGAGAGGUGAUGGAAAACAAACAGUUCAGCUGACUACUGAAAAGCGAACCUAUUACUUGACUGCAGAUUCCCCAAACAUCUUGGAAGAAUGGAUCAAAGUACUGCAGAAUGUUCUUAAAGUACAGGCUGCAAGUUCCCUUUUCAUUCAUCCUGAUGUCAAACCAGCCAUGAAAGGCUUGCUCACUAAGGUAAAGCAUGGCUAUUCCAAAAGAGUAUGGUGUAUGCUGGUCAGAAAAACAUUAUACUAUUUCCGCAGCCAAGAAGAUAAGUUUCCUUUGGGCCAGAUAAAGCUUUGGGAAGCUAAAGUUGAAGAAGUUGACCGAUCUUGUGAUUCUGAUGAAGAUUAUGAGGCCAGUGGCCGCAGUUUACUAUCAACACAUUAUACAAUUGUCAUCCAUCCUAAAGAACAAGGCCCUACCUAUCUUCUUAUAGGAUCUAAGCAUGAGAAGGACACAUGGCUUUACCAUUUGACAGUUGCUGCUGGAAGCACAAAUAUAAGUGUUGGGACCGAGUUCGAACAGCUUGUCUGCAAAUUGUUAAAUAUUGAAGGGGACCCCACAUCACAGAUCUGGAGGCAUCCUACGCUUUGUCACAGCAAAGAUGGAAUUACUUCUCCUCUUACAACUCUCCCAUCUGAGGCUCUGCAAACUGAAGCUAUAAAGUUAUUUAAGACUUGCCAGCUGUUUAUAAAUGCAGCAGUGGACUCUCCUGCCAUUGAUUACCAUGUGUCUUUAGCCCAAAGUGCUUUGCAGGUCUGCCUUACACACCCAGAACUCCAGAAUGAAAUCUGCUGCCAGUUGGUGAAGCAGACAAGAAGAAGGCAGCCAUCAAAUCAGAUAGGACCGAUUCAGGCUUGGCAGCUUUUAGCACUCUGUCUUGGGCUCUUUCUUCCACAGCACCCAUUUCUUUGGCUCAUGAAACUUCACCUAAAGAAAAAUGCGGAUUCCAGGACUGAAUUAGGAAAAUACGCAAUUUAUUGUCAGCGAUGCGUAGAAAGGACACAGCAGAAUGGUGAUAGAGAAGCCAGACCAUCAAGAAUGGAAAUUCUUUCUACGCUUCUAAGAAAUCCCUACCAUCAUUCCUUACCCUUUAGUAUUCCAGUACAUUUCAUGAAUGGGAUCUAUCAGGUUGUUGGGUUUGAUGCUUCCACCACAGUAGAAGAAUUUCUCAAAACACUUAAUCAAGACACAGGAAUGAGGAAACCAGCAGAAUCAGGUUUUGCUUUGUUCACUGAUGAUCCUUCUGGCAAAGAUAUAGAACACUGUCUUCAAGGAAAUAUCAAGAUCUGUGACAUUAUUUCUAGAUGGGAACAGGCGUCUAAAGAGCAGCAUCCUGGGAAAUGUGAAGGAACAAGAACAGUCAGGCUUACAUACAAAAACAGGCUGUAUUUUUCCACCCAAAUUCGUGGAGAGACUGAAAGGGAAAAGCUGUUGUUAAUGUACCAGGCAAAUGAUCAAAUUGUAAAUGGGCUCUUCCCCGUAAAUAAAGAUCUGGCACUAGAACUGACAGCACUUCUGGCACAGGUGGAGAUUGGGGACUUUGAAAGACCAUUUUCAACUCCAGCAGGACAAGUAACAUCCCAGUCAAAAUCUAAUCAAAAUCUAAAACAAGUUGUGGAAAAGUUUUAUCCAAAAAGAUACAGGGAUGGCUGUUCAGAAGAACAAUUAAGAAAGCUUUGCCAGCGACUGUCAACAAAAUGGAUGGCUCUCCGUGGUCACAGUGCUGUAGAUUGUGUGCGCAUUUACCUUGCUGUUGUUCGUAAGUGGCCUUUUUUCGGUGCCAAAUUGUUCGCUGCAAAACCUCUGACAGUAUCCACGUUAGAAAGUGCUAUGAUAUGGUUUGCUGUUUAUGAAGAUGGCAUAAACAUUCUUGAAUACAGCUCUAUGAGGCUAAUAGUGACAUAUUUAUACAAGAACCUGAUUACCUUCGGAGGUUAUCAAGAUGAUUUUAUGCUGGUGGUUAAUCAUGUGACCACACAAGAAAAGCCAACUGAAAAACUCUUGUUCAGUAUGGCCAAACCAAAGAUUCUUGAGAUUACUCUACUGAUUGCCAGCUACAUUAACAAUUUCCAUCAGCAAAAGGGACCUACUUUCCAUCUUUCUAGUCCAGCUUCUCCACAGGCAGGACAGAAAAAUCAAGAUAUCGCAUGUCAUCCAUUUUUAUUGAAGAACAGACCAACCAAAGGACCUACUUUAUUAUGAAAAGAUCACACACUUGUUAAAAUAUACACCAGAUCCUUCUCCUCUACCUUAUCAGAACAUCCAUGAUUUUGUACGAUUCCAGAAGCUAAUCAAGGUCAGAUAUGGUUCAUACUUAGCUAGGAGACCAUUAGGAAAUACUCAGUACCAUGGGAGGAAGGGGUGUAUCCACAAGUCCCAAGUUCAAUCCCCAACAUCUCUAGAAAUCAAUAUGAAAGAAUCCUGUUUGAAAUUCCAGACAGCUGCUGCUAAUCGGAGUUGAUAAUACUGGACUAGGCCAGUGGUCUAUAUUAGUAUAUACCAGCUUUCUAUAUGCCAUGGAAGUUCAUUAUUUUCAGCUGCACAUCUUAACUUGUCAACUUCUAAGUGCAGAACCUGGUCGCUAUAACUGCUGCAAAAAUAACAGUAUUGUCAGGUCUUAAAGCUGUUACACAUAUGGAACUUAUUACUUAAAUUAUUAACAAAUGAUGGACAUGCAUGUGAACUCAGUUUUUUUUUCAUUUAGAUAUAUUUAUGAAUAAUACUGUUAAACAAAAUUCUCUAAUUUAUAUAUUCUGUAUAGAGAAGAAAAUGUAUAACUGUCUACUGUGCCUUAUAUCACUGAUUCAUAUAAAAUAGGCAGAGGUAAUCACAGAUUUAUGACUUGAUUAUACCCUUUCCUUUGCUGUCAAUGCAACAUAUCAUUUUUCCCUGAUGAAUAUGAACUUUUACUUUUUAAAUGAAAUUUCCAUUUUGACACUUCAUGGUAUGUCUAAAUAUGAAGGGCACAUUGGACCUUUCCCCCCCCGAAGGGUUGAGAUGAAAUUUAGAAUAUGGGUCGUUCUAUAUCAAGGAAAUGCUGCAUAUUUUUAUAAAUAAUACAGGGAAGAGCAGGGAAUGCCAUAGGUACUAAAAUAAAGUGUAAAGAGAGAGCUAGGCCUGAUAAUUGUGUCUGCUUCAGCUGUGUUACCUACAGUGCAAUCUUUAACCCCCUAAUAUUGCUUGUUGGAGGGGCCACGGAUCUGAUGGAAGUUCCCUUCCGUUGGCAGAGGGGAGCUCUACCUCUGAAGGGGCAAGGCCCGGCCACUGCAGAAUUCCUGUUGCACCCAUGGAGAACCUGUCAGAGAUAGGGCAUCUAACAGGAGGCCUGGGUUUGGAUCAGCAUGCUCACAAGUAGUUGGCCAUCUAAAGAACUAGCAAACCUGUUUAAAACACCCCAUGUUUAAAAAUAAAAAUGAUGUAGAGUUGCAUACAGUAUAUAUGUUCCAGAAUCGAGGUACAUUUUUGCAGCACAUUCUCAGUUAUCCUAGGCCAUAAAAAUAGUUUUUAAGGUACUUACUAACACAGCUGCCUCUCUUGAAAAUUGUCACAAGCUAAACAUUUGCUCUUUGUCUUAACAGUUUGAUUGUGGUACCUUAACAGAUUUUUCAGUCUGUAAUAGAAUACAAGAUUUCACUGAUGUUACCAUUUUUACUAACCCUUUAAAGCUGCUCUAUCAUUCAUGAUCUCGGUCAGUAUUCUCACACUGGGUCCACAAAGAUUUACAUGUAUAAGUUCUUGCUUGUGCCACAGGUAUAAACUGGAUGCAUACUAAAUUGCACAUUUGGAUAUCUAUCUGCAUUAUGUAUCCCUACUGCAUUGUUUUUAAUGGUAGGUGUAUCAUCUGCGUUCUGGUGAAACAGAUUUUGUUGCAUACAACUGAAGACCGAUUGGGGGAUCCAAGCAUCAUAGAGGCCCAAAGAUGAAUAAAUGAUAGAUCACUGAAAAACAGAUGCAAUUUGAUUAACAAACCUAAUAAAAUACUUUUAGUGGAAAGAUGCUGUAUUUCAAAAAAAAUAUAUAAUAAUUAUAGAACAUUAAUUUAUGUGCAGAGCAUUUGUAUUUAUUUUGUGGAUAUUUAGCAAAAAAUAUAUAAUGUAUUUUUAUAUGACUGUAUACCAUAUACAUAUUA